AGGGAUCGGCAGGGAAAGAAUCCCGGGACAAGGGAUCGGCUCCUCGUGGCACGGAUUGCAGCAGAAGAGUUGGAGCUCUUCCCACGGAGCAGCACAACUUCGGGCGCGCAUUCCUGGGAAUUUUCCUCCGGUCGUGGUCGUUUAUUCAGAGUUAAAUGAAGAUAUCGAAGGGUGAAGCAAGGAAAUAUUGCUUGGAGGCUCUGGAAGGAGAUUUUGCCAUCCCUGAAGGAAUGAACUUUUGGAACCUGCGUGGAAAAUGUCCUUUUUAAUACCGAAAGUAGCAAAGGAGAACUUAUGAUCGAAACCUUAUAGGAAUUUGAUUUCAACUGCACUUUUAACCUUAAAUAGACCAUGGAGAGUUUGUUAUCUCUGCUCUGUUGCCAUUAUUCUUUGCUGAUUUUGUUUCAGCACAAGUACCAGGUGUACGGAAACUACUCCCAGCUACCCAAACACCCAGGGUUCAAAGUCCUGGCAUCAGCUUCCCACUACUGGCCACUGGAAGAUGUGGAUGGAAUUCACGAAUUUCGGGACACAAAUGGAGCUCUAAGAAUCCACAACUUCACUGUGCUUCCUUCCCAUAACUCUACCUUUGUAAAUACCAAUGACUCUGCCUACUCUAACUCCUCUGCAACUGUAGAUAUUGUAGAGGGGAUGGUGAACAAAGGAAUUUACGUCACUGAAAAGAAAGGAGUCACCUUUCUCUUCUUUGGGAGCUACCGAAAUUCUUGCAUCAGUAACCCAGAGGCUUGUGGGCCUGAAGGAGUAACAUUUUCCUUUUUCUGGAAGACUCAAGACCAGCAGGCCAAGCUUCUCCCUGCCUCUGGUGGACGAGUCAUUUCCAGUGGCUUCAAAAUCUGCUCGAAUGAAGGUGAAGGCUCCGUGGAAUUUUACACCCGUGGGAAUGCAAUGAUGAAGUGGAAAGCGAGCUUUAGUCCACCAGGUCCCUACUGGACUCACAUUCUGUUCACCUGGCAGUCCCGGGAAGGGCUCAAGGUCUAUGUCAACGGCACCCUGAGCACCACGGACCCUGCUGGCAAAGUUUUCUACGACUACGGCGACGGCAGCGUCCUGGCGGGCAGCGAGGGGCAGGCGGGCAAGCGCUGGGUGAACGGAGCCUUCGACGAGUUCAUCAUCUGGGAACGGUGUCUGAACCCCCAGAAGGUGCAGCAAUUUGUUAACACUCUCCUUUGUGUUUGUAUUUCCCCAGGAGUGCAAGUUCUGCUUUCUUCAACCCUUCCGUGGUCCCUGCUGACAUCCACCACAAAGCCCGUGCUCCCCACCAACGCCUACCAGCCCAUCAUCAGCGCCCUGAGCCAGGACUGGAGGAGCUCCCCGAGCCCCAGGUCCCUGCUGGGGCACCUGCAGAACGUGUCCCUCAGGCUGCCCGGGGAGUCCCUGUCCGAGCACACUGCCCAGAGCCUGGCCGAGGCAUUUUUAAAAGCUGUUGAAGACUUUAUGUUGCUGUCUGACUGGAUUGAUGGAGCAGAGACCCCCCAGGUGUUCAGCAGCCUGAUCCACACCAUCGACACGGUGAUGGCUCACCUGUCCCAACACCUGCACGGGAACUCCCUGACCCUCGAGGGCUCCUCGGCUGUGGCAGAUUACACCGUGGUCAGGAUGAACCCCCAGACCCUGAACGUGUCCCACUAUCGAUUCCCAUCUCGAGGGCAGAGUUAUAUUUCCAUUCCCAGUGAGGCUUUCCAUGGAAAAGCCUGGAUCACCAUCGUGGGCCUCCUUUACCACAACAUGCAUUAUUUCUUCCAUAACAUCAACCCUGAGGACACCAGGAUUGCUGAAGCUGCUGCCUACAAGGGUUACAUGAUCUCAGCCAGCAGUUACCUCAUCUCGAUCAAGGUGGAACCUCUGCCCCAGCUGUCCUGCAACCUGUCAGGGUCUCCUCUGCUCAGCAUCCAGCUCAGCCACAGGCUGGUAAGAGAAAUGGGAAUUGCUGCUUUGGGCUGUGCAAUGCUCUGGGGGCUGGGAUGAUUUAUUUGUAUUUCUCUCGUGAUUUUUUGUGGCCAUUUUUAGUAGCAAUUCAGUUGCCAUUUGUGGCUGCAGCUUUAUGUUUUUUCCCACCGUUGUGGCUCCUUUUUCCCCCAAGAGGCUGCAGGGUGCUCCUG